AUGGCGGCGUCUAGGUACAAAGACAAGGAUGACGGGCAGCUCUUCUCCUUCAGUGGAGUCUGGGUCAGCUACCUGCACACCAUCCUCGCAUAUUCUGCUUUUGUCAGCGCAUUGGUCGUCGGCACCUCGCUCCACUACCACAAGAUUGUCCAGAACGAAUGGUUCGGAUAUCCCCAGGAAUGGUUCCCCUCCGUGUCCGCCACAAUAGGCGACCGAUAUCCCGAGCGAUCCUUCUUCCAGCUGUUUAUCGCAUUGACUUCUGGUCCGAGAUUCGCCCUCGUGGGCUUUUGGUACCUCCUCUCGCGCAGACCCGCCCACAAGCUCCCCGCCUUCGUCGCCUUCUGGGGCGUCUUCCGAACCCUCACCUGCGGCGGCUGGACCUAUGUCACCUCCACCGACGACCAUGACUGGCACGAUGUCUUCAUGAUCUCCUACCUGCUGGCCACCAUACCCUGGACCUUUGGCUGCAUUGCCCUCAGCCCGCCCAACCCAACUGCGAUCAAGUACAGGAAAUACGUGUCGGGCGCAUUCUACGGCAGCAUCAUCCCCCUCAUAUACUUCUUCAUUCAGCACAAGGUACACCGAGUGCCAGGAGCUUACACGACCUACGCGUUCUUCGAGUGGUCCCUCGUCCUCCUCGACGUCGCAUUCGACGCAGUCACCGCCCUCGACUUCGACUCCUUCGAGGUAGUUAUCAGGGACGUCAAAGGAGUCAGCAAGGGUGCCAACUCCUCGUCUGUGUCCUCAGCUGUGCUUGAAAAGGAGAAGGAAAAGGCCACCGCUGGCGUCUCCACCUUGCCCUUCGGCACCAACGCCGCCCUCGACAUUGUGGCAGACGUCUACCAUGGCUUCGUCUUCUGGUCAAUCCUCACCAGCCUCGGGGUCCUCGUCUGGUACUUCCCGCUCUGGUACAUGGGCAUCUCCGGCUACGAGGCUUUCGUCAUGUCUACCAUCUCGCCCUUCCUGCUGUCCAUAGCCCCCCUCAGGGCGCUGGUUGUCCGGAACCUGCGCAUCGUCCACCUGCUGUCUCUCACUGGCCUGCUGGCCUUCCUGGUCCCCGGUCCUGUGGGCCGCCUCAGCACCGUCGGCUUUGCGGUCUGGAUGCAGUGCCUGGCUUGGUCUGCCACCUUCUACGCCGACUCUGCCCACGAGGGCCGGCUCGAGUCUAGAAUCAUGGCUUGGAUGGCUGGCCUGCUCGUCUCCAGCAUUGCCAAGUUCAUGUGGCAGACAAACAACCCUAUCUGGCCUAUCAUGCAUGGUGCAAACGGGGGCUGGAACUAUACGGCUCUGUUCCUUGCUGUCCCUGCUGCUCUGAGGUUCACCCGGCGUGGAGUCCUCAGCGGUGGGGACAAUGGCUCGAGAAAGGACGGCUCGGCCCUGCUCUCGGCACUCAGCUUCGGUGGCCUGAUGUUUGGCCUACAUUCCCUCCUCUCCGACAGCAGCACAAUGAUCCUCUGGGUCUGGGAUGGCUAUCCCAUUCGUGGUCCUACCGCCAACACCUCGGCCUGGUACACCAUCUGGGCAAUGACUGGCGGCCUUCUCCUCGGUCUUUUCCGCCCACAGGUGGUCAAUACCUACGCCUUCUAUGCCUUUGGCUGUGUCGGCGCCACGAUCCUGACCUACUCCAGCCACUGGUUUGGCUACCUCGGUGCCCUCAUCACCGCCACCUUCUUGAUGGCCAUCUCCCACCCUCUGAUCACUAACGCAGCCAAGAAGAACCCUGCCGUCACCUUCGGUCUGGGCUUCUUUUUCUACAACUUCCUAGUGCUCUUCCACGUCUGGGUUGUUGCCUACGCCUUCGUGCCCGGUGGCCCACUAGUCCGCGAGCAUACCGACUGGGUCAUGCUCACCACGUUCCUGCUGAUCGGCGCCGGCUUCUUGGACAUCAACAGAAUCAAUUCAUCCAAGAAGGCUGGGAAGCGGCCUGUCAGGAAUUCCACGUCUCCAAAGCCGCACCGAAGAUAUCAUCUGUCAAUUCUCGGUGUCUUGAACCUACUCUUCCUGGGCUCAGCCUUCCUCCGCUUCCCCACAAACGACUACAAGCCCUACCACGGCGACGCGAACCUCAUCACCGCGGGCAUCUGGACCAUCCACUUCUCUCUCGACAACGACAUGUGGAGUUCUGAAGUACGCAUGCGCAACCUGAUUAAAGAAUUGGAAAUCGACGUCAUCGGCCUGUUGGAGAGCGACCUUCAGCGUAUCAUCAUGGGCAACCGCGACACAACUCAGUACCUCGCCGAGGAUCUCGGCAUGUACGUCGACUACGGCCCAGGCCCCAACAAGCACACAUGGGGGGCCGCGCUGCUUUCCAAGUUCCCAAUCGUCAAUUCGACGCAUCAUCUCUUGCCGAGCCCGGUAGGCGAACUCGCGCCCGCGAUCCACGCGACACUGGACGCCUACGGCACACUAGUAGACGUUUUCGUCUUCCACUCCGGUCAAGAAGAGGACCCCGAGGACAGACGGCUGCAGACUGAGUACCUGUCCAAACUCAUGGGCUCAACUGAUCGGCCGUCCAUAUUGCUUUCAUAUCUCGUCACCAAGCCCGGCGAGGGCAACUACAACACCUACGUCUCCGACGUCAGUGGUAUGCAUGACAUCGACCCAACGGACUGGGAUCGAUGGUGCGAGUACAUCCUUUAUAAAGGACUGAAGCGGACAGGCUACGCGCGAGUGAGCCGUAGUACCAUCACCGAUACGGAGCUGCAGGUCGGAAAGUUCGUGGUGCCAAAGACAGAAGAGGAGAAAGGCGGGUUCUUCGCUGCCGAAGAGGACAAGAGAGACAGGAGGAUAAAAGAGGCGGAGAUCGAGGAGUCGAAGAGAUUCCCUGCCCUAUUCAAGGGCAAAGGUGUACGCGGACAUAGGUAUCAUGUCUUCAACGAGCCGCGGUACUAUAAUUUCUAG